AUGCUUCGACAAGGAGUUCACCUGCGAGCGCUGCUGCGACACCAGGGCCAUCCCGGUUGGGGAUCUCAGCUGUUGGAUGGGCGACAUCCGCUUCCCCACCUGCUGUGGCCUCACGAAGUGCGCGUCCGGGCUGCCACCAUGCUGCCGGCCAUGGAUCACUUGUCGACCCCGGCCACGUGCCCGCCCAAUGCGCAGAAGCACUGCUUCGACGCUUAUUUCCCCUGCGAGCGGUGUUGCGACACCCGACGAGGGGCUCAAGGGGAUCUGGCCUGUUGGCCUGACACCGCGCCCAUGGGCCUACGAACCCUCAGCUGGGGCACUCAGGAGAGGCUACAACUUCUGUUGUGGGCUAAUGCCCUUUACCAGUGGCGAGCGGAUCUCAUGGUAAAAGGCGAUGAUGCCGCGGCAGAGGAUCUAGGUUUGAUCUCCGCGGAAUCUCCGCGUCGCCCUGGAGCCGGUGCUGACGUCAUGUGGGGGCCAGGGUUUCAUCUUCAACAAGAUCAUCAACCUUGGUUCUCGCUACUUGCUGCGGAGCGCACCAGACGGAGCCUUCCUCAGACAGUGCAUGGCAACGGUGCAGGAGUUGGUGAGACCACCCUCGCGGUGGUUCCGAAUGACUGUGAGGCUAAGGACUUGGAGCCUUUCCAUCUUUCCAUCCAUUUGCCUUGGCCUUCCCCGAAGUCCUGUUGGGGUGUGGCGAGGCCCCAUUUGAGCGCCUGGAGCACUGGAGGCGCAGGCUAUGCUCGAGCCAAGCAGCUCUGCACUGAGGAGUUGGUCCAGGCCAAAGAUGCAGCAGAAGCUUUUCUGCGAGCUUCUGAGCUGGAGGACUAG